GGUGGUAUGCUGCUGGCAAAUGAUAGAAGGGCAAUGAGAUAAGGGCAAUGUUGAAUGUCUGUAACUUCCAUCAUAUGAAGAAGAAAGCAACAAGCUAUCCGCCUCGUUAUCCUCCUGUUGAAAUGUUAAGCGAUUAAAUUAAUGACCUGAAUCUUCAUCUCAGAGGGAGUUGAAACGGUGCGUAAAACCCAUGCAAGUACAGGCAUUCAUGUAACAUAGUGGCACACACACGCACACGCAUACACUGUAUCUCUCUCACACACACACGCACUUGCACAACGAAUGGAAUCACUGACCGAGGCACACGCGCUGAGGCUUGGAUUUCACGUUUUGCCAAAUGCAGUAUGCUUCUAAUCUGAAAGACUGUGACUUGAAUCCUAUCAGAGAGUCGCUUCAUGGCUAUUCACGUAAACCAGACAGGACACUGGCCAGAAUUUUGAGUCUGAGAACAAAUUAAAUAGAAGAGGUUUUAGUCUAGGUUCUGGAUAACGACGGGUGAAUUUUUUUUUCAUUAGGAACGAAAAAUCUGCAACGCAUCAAACGCGCAUUGUCAAAGUGCACGUGCGUUUUUUUUUACACUACAGUAUAACAAGAAGGAACGUUGUAGCAAUUUCCCAAUUGCGGAAGUUCAAAGCAACUAUUCUUUGCAAGGGGUCCUACAAGUACGUAUUAUUUCAACAUGUUUGUAGUACUAGAUUCCCAUGAUCUGGACCUCCUUUAGAAUUGUAGAGAUCUGUGCAGUGAAGUAGCCUAGUUUUGUGUGUGUGAACCUUUUCCCCCUUCUUAUUGGAGUAUUUCAAACUAGCAUAGACCCUGGCCUGUGGUUGACACUCUUCUUUUACCAAUGAUGUCAAAUCUCGGAUUUUAAGAUUUUCAGAGAAUGUUAAAUGAUCGAUGGACAAUCAUGAACAGUGUGUCAGAACUCGAAGAUGGACAACAGCAUAAAUCUCAGAGGAUGGGCUGUAGCUACUUCCUGUGCACCAUCCUGCUCUUCGUGGCCGUCCUCCUGGCCAUCACGGCAACCGGUACCAUCCUACUCAUGAACCACUACCAAGCCCCGCCCCCCGGCACCAAUGACGGCCCCCCACUCAUCUCAACCAACCACGACGAGGUUAACGCCCUGGUGACGGUCGAGCGGGGCGAUGGUUCGCACAUCAACAUCUUCAUCGACCCCAACUGCCCAGACUACAACAACAACUUCCUGCGGCUGGAGGGCGUGCAGACGUCGCUGCUCCACUCGCUAACUGACCAUGACACGGACCUGAAGUCAGUGAAGGGCCAGGAACGGGCCCUGCUGGUAAAGCUGGCUGAGGAGGUGGCCAAGCUAUCGGGCCACGCCAACCAGCUCAAGUUGGAGUACGAAUCUCUGAGGCGAGGCCAGGGGAACCUGGGUCAAGAGCUCACCACUCUGCAGACGGAGCAAGGCCGACUUAUCAAGCUGCUGUCCGAGAGCCAGAUCAACAUGGUGAAGGUGGUGAACUCCGUGAGUGAUACACUCAACUCCAUGCAAAAGGAGACAGGGAACCUGAAGAGCAAGCUGAAGGCAGACCUCCAGAGAGCACCUGUCCGUAAUAGUCGGCCCAAUGGCUGCUCCAAUGGCUCCAGACCUCGGGACUGCAGUGAUAUCUUCGCCAGUGGCCAGCGGGAGGAUGGGAUCUACUCUGUCUUUCCCACACACUACCCUGCUGGCUUCCAGGUCUUCUGUGACAUGACAACGGACGGAGGAGGAUGGACGGUCAUUCAGCGCAGAGAAGACGGCGUAGUGAACUUCUUCCGAGCAUGGGACGCAUACCGCAACGGCUUCGGCAAGAUUACUGGGGAGCACUGGCUUGGUUUGAAGAGGAUGCAUGCCCUGACCAUCCAAGCCAACUACGAGCUGCGCAUUGACCUGCAGGACUUUGAGAACAGCACAGCCUUCGCCCAGUAUGGAGCCUUUGGAGUGGGACUGUUCUCCGUUGACCCGGAUGAGGAUGGAUACCAGCUGACUAUUGCUGAUUACUCAGGCACUGCAGGCGACUCAAUGCUCAAACACAACGGGAUGAAAUUCACCACCAAGGACCAAGAUAACGACCACUCAGAGAACAACUGUGCCUCCUUCUACCACGGCGCCUGGUGGUACCGCAACUGCCACACGUCCAACCUGAACGGACAGUACCUGCGUGGGCAGCACACCUCCUACGCCGACGGCAUCGAGUGGUCCUCCUGGACGGGCUGGCAGUACUCCCUCAAAUUCACUGAGAUGAAGAUUAGAGCCACGACAGAGGAGAACAAAUGAGAGGGAACAGAUACUACGAGAAACCAUAGAUUGAUGGACUUAGGCGUUAUUAAAGACACUCUACCUGCCGUAAAUUAGAAUAAGGACUCUGAACCUUAAUCUGCUCGUACUGUAACCCCUGUCCAAACACAUUCUUAAUCCCCUCCAAACGUUGACCAUUUUGUGGUGUUGUGUCGAAGCCUCCAAGGUUUUUUAACCUUUUGCUGAUCUGAUCAUGUUUCUAAGAAUUAUGUCAAAAUAAUGCAGACAAUGUUAGAACUACAGUAUUGUUGUGCUUUUGGAGGGAAAGCUGUGGAAUGUUAGGAUUUCUCUCAUUCUCUUGAGUGAAAUUGAGUUGAAUGAAUUGAGUUUCCUACAGUUUAUUUGGGUUGUCCCAGCUGCUUGUAUGUAUAGUUAACUUUGCGUCUGACAGCAGCCUGAGUUCUCCUAAGUGUUACGCAGGGGUUUUUAAAGCCAACCCAAUCACUUCACAGAAGACAGCCUUGUCUUUUACAUGACAUUUCCAAAGACAAUGAUGCCACAAGAGUGGCUUUGAGCAGCAUGCGUGUGUGACCUGUUACAAUGAAAGUAGAGAGAAUUAAGAGAAUAUCUGAAAGGGCUAGGCCAGCGGCGUGCCAAUUAUAAUCAGAGGCCUGGAUCUGUGUAGCCUUCCAGCUGUUGGUGGAAACCUUCUCAGACAGUAGGUUCUAGCCUAUAAGUUCACCUCAUUGUCUGAUAAGGCUUUCCUUUCUCUCACUGAGAACCAAGUCUAUUCACUGACAUGCUGUCUUGACUCAACUCAAAUUAGUCCUUUCAAUAUAUGGAUUUUGUUUACUCCUGAAGCCUUCUAGUCUGUCAAUAUGUGUACAGGAGGUGAUUGAUAAAGUAAGGCAAACUGUGUCCUUUACUCAGUCAGAGUACCAAAAAUGUAGAUUCCCCUAUGGGCACCCCAAAAAAAAAAAAAAAAAAGUUUAACAUUGUUUGUGACAUAAUACAACGACUGCUGGCAACUCAAUCCCUGCAAAGACCAGCCGUUCAUUUGCCUAGAUGUUGAAUGACAUUGUGCCACUGGUACCGUAUGAGUGUAUGUCUUUCUCUUUCUUUACAGUGAUAUGAUAUUGCGUUCGAUACCUUGGAGGUAGCAGACAAUUGUACAUCUGUGUGGUUUCCAGACCUGGGUUCAAAUACAUUUGUAUCUGUUAUAAAAAAUAAUUUUUGUUUUGUAUUUGAGUAUUUUUAAAUAUACAGCCCAAAACAAUUACUUUUAUAUGAGUAUUUGAAUGUUUAUAAAAAUUUAAACAUUUACAAAGUCUACCAAAUUGUAUUUGAAAGUAUUUUCAAAUACUUUUCUGGAACACUAUUUGAAACCCUUUUCACCCAACAUAUUUCAAAUACCCUCAAAUACUCUGCUCUAAAAGUUUAGCAAAAGCCAGAUGCUUAUAUACAAUUCUAUGAAUAUAUGUUCUAAGUAAAUCGAUCAAUUAAUUGCUCAAUGUGACUUUAAAGUGGCAAUCACUCCAACACUGUUUUGUUAAACCGUUGAGGGAUGGGGCUGAUGAAAUGUUACCAAAAACAAAAAAGAAAUUGAGGAUGACCUAAUCACCCCAUAUCUUCCACCAACUACUGAUCCUCUGAAAUUCUGAAAUACAUGCAGUCACACAUACCCAACACUGAGCAGAGUUGCUGCUGAGUACUUACAUGUCCCAGCAUCCUCCGCAGCUGUGGAGUGGCUUUUUAGCAUUGGAGGGCGUAUCUUCAGACCAGAUCGCUGCUCAAUGUCCGACAGGCUUUUUGAAACCAUUAUGGUUUAAAAAAAAGUAACAUGGCAUCUUGUCCUCUUUCAUGAGACACCAAUGUAAAGUAUGGGUUGCAUAUUGUGAUUAAAAAGUGAAAUAAGACCUAAACAUGUCAUAUAUAAAUAAUUGUUUUGAAAUGUCUUGAAAAGUAAUUGAAAUACCUGAAAUAGUAUUUGAAGGCAGAUCUGGUGGUGCCUCCUCAGCUAUAAAAGUCAGAGUGACAAAUGUUAUUACAAAGUAGAAAUGGCACAUUGAGGCUCACAACUUGGAGUCAAUGUUGAGACAACAUUGUGUGGUGUGUUUUCCGGGAAUGUGGUGGUCUUCUAUGCAUUCUGUAGUAUGUUGCAGCCAUUGUUAAUUUACUGUAAUGUUGUAUUUAUGUUUAAUUUACUGUUUGUUUUGUCAUGAUGCAGCUAGUCUUUCUAUUUAAAGGUUGAGUGAAAACAUAUCUUAUUAACCUCACCAAUAUGGUGAUCGGUAGAGAGGUCUGUUUAAGUUUGGCUGAAACACACUUAAGGUGAGAUUGUAAUGUUGGUAUUGUUUUGAGUGUGUUUAUAAUGGUAAGCUGUUGUUGUAAAAGAUCCCUCAGUCCAAUAUGAGCACUUUAUAAUCAGAUCUUCAGAUUGACAUUCAGUAUAAUUUUUGUUUUGGUCUCAAAAGGAAUUAAAAAACAACAACAUUGUGUUUAGAUGUGUAAAGUUGUCUCAUCACAGUAUUUUAAAAUAAAAGGUUUGAAGGGGCUAGGUGGUAAAGUAUGUUUAAAAGCUUAAUAGAGUACUAACAUUUAUCAUUUUACAAACUUUGUUAUUUCUUUCUUAUGAUUGUAGCCUAAUCAUAUAACUCAUUAUAGUUACUCAAUUAGAUGACAAUUCCACCAUAAGAGGGACGUUAAAUAAAACAUUCUCAAUAACAGAA